AUGGAGUCCGACGAGUACCGCCUCGAGACAGUCUUCUUGCCCGAUCACGAUUCCGUACUUCAUAUAAGACGUAGCGCCCGUGAUCCGCCCACCACCGCCGUCUGGACCAACACACGUACCAUCGGUCGCGGCGGUAAUGGGGUCGUAGAGCUCCAAUCCGGACCCUCUGGCUUAGUCCGCGCCGUUUCUGAUCGUCAUGACCUGUUUGUAGUUUUCUUUGGGUGGUAUGAAGAUCAGCACUCCUUGUACAUCGCUAUGGAGUUCGUUGCAAAUGGCGACCUGGGCGAGUAUAUAAAGGCACAUGGGAAGUCGCGGAUACCAGAGGCAACAUGCCAGGCAAUAUCGAAGCAGCUGCUCGAGGCGCCGCAGGUAUUGCAUGAGAGGCUGAUAUGCCACCGUGACCUGAAGCCCCAGAACAUUCUUGUUGCCGCUCUAGAACCGAUCCAUGUCAAGAUAACAGACUUUGGGGCAUCCAAGUAUUUGAAGGGUACUGAGUCUCGCACAAGAGUGGGUACUAGUGGAUAUAUGGCACCGGAGAUAUUGGGUGUAUGGUCACCGCCGAAGGGGCGCGUUCAUUUUGGACGUGCCGUUGAUCUAUGGGCAGCGGGGUGCAUUAUAUACGAGUUGUUGUCGCUGCACCGGCCGUUUGAUAGGCAGUUGGAGGAUCCGGACGUCACGACGGAGGUAUAUUCGGGGGAGGAUUCUGAUCAAAUAGGCGCUGGAGCGGUCUGGCGUCAGCCAGAAUUCGACACAACUCGUGAGAGCUCUGUUGCAGGCCGAUCCAGCAGCCCGAGUGAAGGCAGGGAAGCACUGGGGUAUCCUUGGUUGUUGCGUCCAGAGCAACCCUUUGUAGAUCCAGUUAGGCUGGAACCCAUUGGACGGCCAACCUUUACCGACCCGCCCCAACCGGAGCCCAAUUUGGCUGAGUGUGGGGUACCACUGGAAGACCUCAUCACACCGACCCACUACCCUCACAGGGCAAAGGCGUUGUUUCCCUUUGAGGGCCUCAGACACCCAUCAAAUGAGACUGUGUUGCCAUUCACGAUGUUCGAGAUACUUGAGAUUCUAGACGUUACUGAAUCACCGGCGUGGUGGAGUGCAAAGAACGAGAGUGGGGAUAGGGGUUGGGUACCAUCAACAUGCUUUCUUGUCAUCGACAGCCUCCCGCCUGCUCCGGUGGCGGUGCAUGGAGAUGAACGGCAGUACAAGAUUAGAAUUUAUUAG